AUGGAAUUAGAGACACCUAUUCAUUUUUUCAAAUAUUUGUUCACCGAUGAUAUAUUUCUCUACAUUACUCAAGAAACACUCAAAUAUGCAGUGGAAAAACGCCCCGAAAAGCUAAUGAUAGUUACCAGUGCAGAUAUAGAACAGUUUGUUGGUAUAUGCCUGAUGAUGUCAGUUAUUCAGCUGCCUUCGACCAGAGACUACUGGAGUUCGGUAUUAGGACACCCUAAAGUGAAUUCGUUUAUGUCCUGUAAUCGUUUUGAAGAAAUUAAACGUUUCUUACAUUUCAAUGAUAACUCAACCCAAAUUCCCAAAGGUCAGGUUGGCUAUGAUCCUCUCCAUAAACUCAGGCCAUUUCUUGUCCAAGUUAGAGAACGACUACUGACUGUUCCGAGAGAGGAAUAUAUGGCCGUCGACGGACAGAUAAUACCAACUAAAAGCAGGUCUACAAUGAAGCAGUACAACCCAAAAAAGCCACAUAAGUGGGGAUACAAGAACUUUGUCUUGAGCGGCAGUUCUGGUUUCAGCUACGACUUUGAGCUAUACACAGGUGCUCAUGUUUCUGAAACAGUAGAUGGCAAUUUGCCGAACAUCAGCACUUCAAGCAAUGUUGUCGUCCGGCUUGCAAGAACCAUUGCACAUAACAUGGACUACCGACUUUUCUUUGACAAUUGGUAUACAUCACUGCCACUUUUAGUUUACUUAACAAAACAGGGUAUUUUGCCCCUGGGCACAAUCAAAGCCAACCGCGUUCCAGGACAUAAAGUUCCAGUCGAAAAGGAGUUGAAAAAGAAAGGACGGGGUGCUACAGUUGAAAAAAUUUCAACCGUGGACAAUGUUGACAUAUCUGUGACAACAUGGUAUGACAACAGAGUUGUAAACUUGGCAUCGACAUACGUUGGUAGCAAACCUGACAGAAGUGAGACGUUAUAA